AUGGCCGACAGCAUGGUUCCCAGGGCAGUGAGAAACUGGUUCAGGACGACUUACCCGACUCUAGUAUUCGAGGAAUCGUGGCUAACACAAUGUUGUGAAUAUCUUCAAACUCACUUUGACCUGACUCCCCCACAAUUGAUCAAGAAGAUAGAAAAUCAGCUUCUGUUAUCCGACUUAUCGGCUUCAACUUCAGCAGAGAACCCCCCCUUAAAGGACCUGUCGAUACCAGAGCAAGAUGUCCAGCACCAACCAAAAGUGCAUCAUUUACCAAACCGAGGGAUCCUAGUACAGAUCCAGUCGAUCACCGAGAUCGGCCACUCAGCUCUUUCGCUCCGGACUGUUCACCAGAAAAUCAUCGAGGAUGCAGAAGGAAGGGAUCGAGUCAUAAGUCUGGAAGACCCGGAAUCUCAGGAUCGUCAAGCACCGAUCUUGUAUCCAAGGGCCAUGUUGAAAUUCACUCUGAGUGACGGACACUGUACGGUGCCAGCAAUCGAGUACCAAAAGAUCGAUGGCCUCAGUUUGGCUGAAACACCACUAGGAUGCAAGUUGUUGAUCAAAUCCGCCCCGGUCAGACGCGGUCUUGUACUGCUUACCUCCGAAAAUACUACCAUUAAAGGAUUUCAAGUAGACGAAUUAGAUGCAAAUCGCGAUAGCAUCUUUCAGGAAGGACUCAACACGCGUCUAAGCCAAGCCGUCAUCACUCAGGAACGUAAUGACGAUCGACGAGCCGCAAACCAGAAUGGAAAUGGUGCCACGAAUUCUUCGACAACCUCCUUUCAAUCUGCACCAAUCGUCAACACUCAUGAUCCGCCAUCAGUCAACCAACCAAGGGUGAUGGACCUGAGUGACUCGGAUGACUACUUCGAUGACAAUUCUGAAUUCGAGGCUCAACUUUUAGCCCAUGAUAUUUGA